UGUACUCAUCGAGCUAAAACCGAAAUUGAACGCAGGCCUCGCUACCGUCGUAAACACGCAAGAAAAUCAAGCCUUCCGCCGUCAACUCUCCCCAUCGAGAAUUGGAGCACAGCAAGCCGGGCGCAAUAAUCGGCAGCGACAUGUUGUCGUGCCCGAGUUUGGCGCCAUCAAGGGCAAGAGAGUAUUCUUACAAAGCUGCAUCAACUCCUGUCCGUCCGCUUUUUCCCCUGGACCGGAAAGCACAUUCCUUUUGCCGCCUGCCCACAGCCACAACCGUUGUUGUGAUUCGCAACCGGUCCAAAACAUGCCAGAUGGCGACUUAUGCAGAUGUGUUCAGCGUCUCACGCCGGAAUGAUGGCUGGUCGCCGACACUUGGUAAGAGCUGUCAAGCCUUGACUCAAACGAGGUUCGGGGCGCUAACUGUAUGUCGCAAAGCCACCUGUAACAGCAGUCCGUGCCUCCGCUGCGCCUAUUCCUGCGAAAAGCAGCAACAAUCGCUUUUAAAUUUAAAGCUCCGCCGCAACGCCGGCAUAGGCAUUUGGCUUGGUCGCUGUGCUGAGUCGAAAAAUGACGAUAAUAACUUGAAUUAUUGCUUUUGAAUCAAGGCGCUCCCAAAAAGUAUCUUUCCGUUCACGGCGGUUUUACCUUCA